AUGUCUAAUUUUAUGUACCUACGCUCUUUGAAUUUGGGUCAAGUAGGUAUUGAGAGGUUACCACAUUACAUAGGCAAAUUGAAACAUUUAAGGGCUCUUUAUCUUAAUGGAAAUAGAAAUAUUAAAAAACUGCCUAGUUCUUUGUGUAGGCUACAGAAUUUGCAAACAUUACGUCUUUCUGGUUGCUCCAAUCUUGAAAAAUUGCCGAGGAAAACAAGGUUAGAUAGCCUCAGAUAUCUAUAUAUUGAUGGCUGUGAUAGUUUGGCUUACAUGCCACGUGGACUGGGGCAAUUAACUUGUCUGCGAACGUUAAAUGAGUUUAUUGUGGGAAAGAGAGGCAAGGGUGUUGAGCCUGGAUCUUCUUACUUGAAAGAAAAAUUGAAUUUGAAAUCCUUAAAAUCGAUCUGGGAUAGAGUAGAUGAUGCGAGUAAUAAGAAGUAUGAAAUGAAACACUUGAAAUUGAGCUGGAGUAAUGACGAGGAUGAGGAGGGGGAGGAAGAGGAUGAUGAUGCAAGUAAUGAGAAGUCUGAAUUGGUUUUUGAACGCCUCCAACCACACCCAAAUCUAGAGAUGCUUGUGGUGUAUGGGCAUUCAGGAUUAAAAGUUUUGGAGAAUGUCUCUGAGAUUGAAAUGCAAAAGGAGUUGUCUUCUUCAAAAUCAACAAAAUUUUUUCCAUCCUUAAAGAAACUCCAACUCUUAGCUUGCCCAAAUUUUAAGGGAUGGUGGAGGGGUGAUGUUGAUGAAGGUUCAAAUGCACAGCUGCCUUGCUUUCCUUGCCUUUCAGAUUUGACAAUAUAUUGGUGCCCUCAUCUAACCUCUAUGCCGCUAUAUCCUUCAGUCAGAGAGCUGAAUUUGGAAAAAACCAGCUGGAAGCAACUCCAAGAGACAGUGAAGUUGAAGAUGACAACAUCAGAAGAACCAUCAUCUUCUUCGUGUUCUUCACUUUUCCCUCCUUCCUCCAAAUCGACAGAAAUGUUGCUUGAAGAUAUGGAAGAUCUAGAUUAUCUGCCAGAGGAAUUUCUGCAAAACCUAACUUCUCUUCGGUUUCUGUACAUUAUAAGUUGCACUAACUUGACAUCAAUGCCAAAGGGGAUGCGCUGUCUCACCUCUUUACAACAAUUGCAGAUUGAGGAUUGUCCCGAGCUAUGGGAAAGAUGCCAAAGGGAUAUUGGUGUGACUGGCCACAUAUUGCUCACAUUGGAAAGAUUAGGAUUGAUGGACGUGUGA